AUGUCUCUCUUCUUUAAGAUCCCAUUAGACAUCGAGAUCCGGCUAGAAGGAGAAGACACGAGACAACACGUGGAGAUUAAGAACGCCAGCAACCGUAUAGAAAGACUACCUGUGUUUAAAGAUGGAGAGAGUAUCAAAGGGUCUGUUACUCUUAGAACCAAAGAGGGUAGGAAGGUUGAACAUUUAGGCGUUAGGGUACAAUUGCUUGGGUCUAUUGAGACCAAUAUUGACGGACUUGUCAGUGAUGAUUUCCUUUCAUUGGCCACGGAAUUAGCAGCGCCCUCAGUGCUAACGCAUCCGGAAACCUACCCGUUCGAGUUUAAGAAUGUAGAGAAACAAUACGAAAGCUAUAGAGGUAAGAAUGCUAAGCUAAGGUAUUAUAUUCGGGUAACUGUCAAUAGAAAGUCAUCUUCGGCUUCGGAGAUAACCAGAGAAAAGGAGUUAUGGGUAUACCAAUAUGUUAAUACACCAGAAGUGGAUACUAAUACUACCACCAGUACUUCAGUGUUGCCCAAAGAGUCUCCAACAACAGUGAAAAUGGAUGUGGGAAUAGAAGAUUGCUUGCACAUUGAGUUUGAGUAUCUGAGAUCAAGAUUCUCGUUGCUGGACGUCAUCAUUGGAAGAAUCUAUUUUUUGCUUGUCCGGUUGAAGAUCAAACAUAUGGAGUUGUCACUUAUUAAGAGAGAAACGGUGGGUGCACCUCCCAAUCAAAUAACCGACUUUGAGACGGUUCUUAGAUUUGAAAUCAUGGAUGGAGCUCCGGUUAAAGGAGAAACCAUCCCUAUAAGGUUGUUUCUCAGUGGGUAUGAUCUUAUACCCACAUACAGAGACGUCAAUAAGAAGUUCUCGGUCAAGAAUUAUCUUUCCUUGGUGUUAAUAGAUGAAGACGCAAGACGUUACUUCAAGCAAAGUGAAAUCAUUCUUUAUAGAGAUAAGCCCAAUUAG